CGAUAAUCAUUGUUAUUAUUGCCGUUCGGUCUGACACGUUCCAAUUCGAUCGCGUUUCGUUCGACUCGAUCCGCGGCGAAGUCGUGCAACGUUAUUCGCGGAGUGGGGAAUAAACCGACGACAACAGGACGAACCGGAGGGAACACUGCGACGUUAACGAUCGACUGGAGACCGUGGCGAGUUUUCCCCUGGAACGAAGACGGGUACAACUUGGCGCUCAAGAGGCGCGCGCGACGUCCUCCGCGCGCAAAACGCCGAAGCGCUCGCGGCUAAUCGGUAUUUCGCACGCGCACCGGUUAUUGGCCGAUGAUGUCAUUGUUGUGAAAGUUCACACGCGAAAAUCCCGUCCGAGACCGCGUCGUUUCGUCCGCGGGUGGGCGACAACGAGUAGGCGUUUAUUUUUCGCGGCACCGGCACGCGCGUAGUCUGCGCGGUCCGUCAGAUCGAAUUUGGCUCUCUUCGCCGUCCGAGCUCGGCCAACUCUCGUCCAUCGACCUCUCCGAACCGUGUCCGUAAUGGCCCGCGGUAAGUCGCGCGCCGGUCUCUUGCCCAUCGUUCUGUGGUGCUGUUGUUGCGGCGUAACCGGCUUCACCGAUGCUCCGGCCGGUCAAGUCGACGACGGCAAAAACUCCACCAGAGGGGUCGACGAGUUCUUGACGUCUCUAACACAAAUGAUCGGUAUCGCGUUGAACUCGGACGCCAGAUAUUCGCAGUUGUUCGACAACGAUGACGGACUACAACAGCCGGACGUCUCAGGUCGACCUAACCGACCGUCUCAUUACUUCGAAAGCGGUCGUCCACCUUUCCCGCAGGACUACGGCAGGCCGUAUCCUUCGCCACCGUAUUUCGAGAAUAACCGACCGCAACCACCGCCAGGGUAUCCGGUUCAGGACGGCCGACCAGGGUUCCUCAGCGUUCGUCCACCGUAUCCUUACGGUCCUUACCCGGGCCCUAACCGGUAUCCACAGCAGAAUUCCGUUUUGCAGGCACUCGGAUCCAUCUCGAAACACGACGAUCUGAGAUGCGUGCCCCGGUUGCUGUGCGAAGUGUCGUCCGGCACCAGACCUUCGACCGGCUAUUACCGACCCGGUUAUUAUCAGCAGCAGCAGCAGCAGCAAUCUUCCAUACCGUUCCUCAGCAAAGACGCGCUGAUCACGUUGCUUACCGUGCUGAACUUUGUGGACGACUCGCCGCUGCUGAUGUUUGGUCGGGCCGCGUUAUUGGGAUACAAUGCUAGGGGUGAUCCCAGAUCGUGCACAACCGCAUAUCCGACUUGUCCCAGGGACCCCGACCAGCUGAUCAACUACCUGAACAACCACAACGGUGGUUUUUUCCGGUUCUUCAACCAGCAAUUGCCGCAGUACGCUCCUCAGUACGUGCCUUUCCAGCAACCUCCUUACCAGCAACCCCCUUACCAGCAACCUCCUUACCAGCAACCUCCUUAUCAGCAACCUCCUUACCAACAGCCACCUUACCAGCAGCCACCUUACCAGCAGCAGUACGCUCCACAGUAUACGCGACCCCAACAACACUUCGGAGUCGGAUACAAGGCGAGGGCAGAUCGCAGUGGGCCAGACGAUUAUUUGGAUCAAAGACCGAGGAUACUCAGCGGUUCGGCCAGCCAGUUCUACGACGUGCCCUCCGUCCACGACCUGCCGCUAGACGUGACCGGAUCGUCAACCAUGGUAUUCCCGUCGGACGAUCAUACCGGCGUCGCAAGUAGCGGGUCGGCAUUGCCAUUCACGUUCCCGUCCGAUCAUGGCGGAAACCGACAAGCGAAACGGGUUAAGAUGAUUUUCCCCGACCGGACGGGCACGGGCGGGCUCCGGGCUGAACUGGACAAGUACGGCAACUACAAGGGCGUUUACUAUGCGGACGGUACGAUCAAGUUCGUCGAUGACGGAGGGACGCGCGGUGAUGUCAAACGACCGCCGUCCAAGAUCCGAUUGCCCGGUCGGCCGGCCGACGACUUCGAGGUGCUCGGCAAUCGUUUGCCGUACGAGAAGCGUCGCAAACUGCUGUUCCCUAAAAGCACGUGAUCGAUGAUGAUGAUGAUGAUGAUGAUAAUAAUGAUCAACAUCACGUUCCACACCGUUUUGUUGUACAUAAUACGGAUCAUAAUUAUGUGUAAAUGCUCAUCGUUAGUUUGUACAUUUCGCAAUGGGUUUUAUUCUCAUCAUUGUGCGUAUACAACGAAAACAAAAACUUAACUUAUAUUAACUUAUAUUACCUAUAUACAAUAAUAUACACGUCUGCGGAAUCAUUCUA